CUGAGGUUCCCGGGCGGGCGGGCGCGGAGAGACGCGGGAAGCAGGGGCUGGGCGGGGGUCGCGGCGCCGCAGCCAGCGCAGCCAACCCUAGGGGCCGCCGCCGCCGCCCAGCGCGCUCCUGGGCCGCCGGCCGCCGCCAGCACCCGCCGCGCCGCAGCUCCGGGACCGGCCCCGGCCGCCGUCGCCGCGAUGGGCAACGCCGCAGCCGCCAAGAAGGGCAGCGAGCAGGAGAGCGUGAAAGAGUUCUUAGCCAAAGCCAAAGAAGAUUUUCUUAAAAAAUGGGAAAAUCCUGCUCAGAAUACAGCCCAUUUGGAUCAGUUUGAACGGAUCAAGACCCUUGGCACGGGCUCCUUUGGGCGAGUGAUGCUGGUGAAGCACAAGGAGACCGGCAACCACUUUGCCAUGAAGAUCCUCGACAAACAGAAGGUGGUGAAGCUGAAACAGAUCGAGCAUACCCUGAACGAAAAGCGCAUUCUGCAAGCGGUCAACUUUCCGUUCCUCGUCAAACUCGAGUUCUCCUUCAAGGACAACUCGAAUUUAUACAUGGUCAUGGAGUAUGUGCCUGGCGGGGAGAUGUUCUCGCACCUGCGGCGGAUCGGAAGGUUCAGUGAACCACAUGCCCGCUUCUACGCGGCCCAGAUCGUCCUGACCUUCGAGUACCUGCACUCACUUGACCUCAUCUACCGGGACCUGAAGCCGGAGAACCUCCUCAUUGACCAGCAGGGCUACAUUCAGGUGACAGACUUCGGUUUUGCCAAGCGUGUAAAAGGCCGCACCUGGACCUUAUGUGGGACCCCUGAGUACCUGGCCCCGGAGAUCAUCCUGAGCAAAGGCUACAACAAGGCUGUGGACUGGUGGGCCCUGGGGGUUCUCAUCUACGAGAUGGCUGCUGGCUACCCGCCCUUCUUCGCUGACCAGCCCAUCCAGAUCUAUGAGAAGAUUGUCUCUGGGAAGGUGCGGUUCCCAUCCCACUUCAGCUCUGACCUGAAGGAUCUGCUGCGGAACCUGCUGCAGGUGGACCUCACCAAACGCUUCGGGAACCUCAAGAACGGGGUCAAUGACAUCAAGAACCACAAGUGGUUUGCCACAACUGACUGGAUCGCCAUCUACCAGAGGAAGGUGGAAGCUCCCUUCAUACCAAAGUUUAAAGGCCCUGGGGACACGAGUAAUUUUGACGACUAUGAGGAGGAAGAGAUCCGAGUCUCCAUCAAUGAGAAGUGUGGCAAGGAGUUUACUGAGUUUUAGGGGUGUGCCUGUGCCCCCACGGGUUUUCUUUCUUAAUCUUUCUUUCUUUUUUUUUUUUUUUUUUUUUUUUUGGUGGGGGUGGGAGGGAGGGUUGGAUUGAACAGCCAGAGGGCCCCAGAGUUCCUUGCAUCUAAUUUUACCCCACCCCACCCUCCAGGGUAGGGGGAGCAGGAAGCCAGAUAUUCAGAGGAAUGGAAACACCAGCUGCUCCCCCUCAACCCCUCCCCCUCCUACCUCCCCCUACCGCUUUUGCCUUCCUCCUCCCCAGAAGCCCCCCACCCAGCCCACUUCGGCCUGUUUUAAACGAGUUUCUAUAUUCCAGUCAGACCAUGUCUUACUGGUGUAUUCAGGGACAGGGUGUGGAAAGAGGGGCCCAAACUUAACUCCCUCCCUAGCCCCCCUAAACCACAGGCAUCACCCUCUAAGGGAAAAUGAAGGAAAGGCCAGCCUUCUCUUCAGAGCAGUGGUGCCUGGAAAGGAGAGAUUUUAGUGACCUGUUCAGUGGGCUGCUUGCUAGAAUUUAAAAAA